AAGACACCGAUCUCAAAGCGCCCAUACACAACAAAGCAUGGCUUAUUCGCUUUCUUCGUCCAACAAAAUACUAUCCAGAAAGCGCAUACAAGCUGAUCAAACAAUACUACCAAUUCAAAGUGAAACACUCAAAUAUAUACAAUGGCCUUUCGCCCAAGACUGAAAAAAAUAUUUUCGAUCACGAUAUACUACAUGUUUUACCAAAACGCGAUCAAGGCGGACGUAGAAUUUUAGUUAUUGAAUUAGGAAAAAAAUGGAAGCACAAGAAGUGCUCGCUGGACGAAGUAUACAAAGGUGCUGUGAUAUUCCUCGAAGCAGCUAUAAUGGAACCAGCCACCCAAGUAGCUGGAGCCCAAGUAGUUUUCGACAUGGACGGUCUAUCGUUGCAACAGACUUGGCAAUUUAGCCCGCCGUUCGCCAAGCGAAUUGUCGACUGGCUUCAAGACGCUGUUCCGGCGCGAAUCAAAGGAAUACACAUCGUCAACCAACCGGUGCUGUUUAAUGUUGUCUUCAACUUCUUCAAACCAUUCCUGAGAGAAAAACUGCGAUCAAGAAUCGUUUUCCACGGUAACGACCGACAGUCUCUGCACAAACAUUUAUACCAGCCGUGUCUACCGGAAUGCUACGGUGGUACAUUGGACGUCCCUUGUAUUACUGGACCUCAGUGGUACGAUCUACUGAUAACAGUAGAAAAAGAAUUUGACGUUUUAAACAAGUACGGUUAUGGAAAAUGAUUCCAGCGAACUGCAAUAUCAGCAAAGGCAAAAUGAAGGAGCCUUCCACGUGUCUUUGAUAAUUAAAAAAAAAAAAAAUAUAUAUAUUUUGGUGUA